AUGCCCAACGACCUCACCACCAAUGGCAUCAGGCCCAUCACUCCCAAAAUGAAUGGUUUUGCUUUGACCGAAUACACCGCCGCUCCGACGCCUCCCUCAGAGCGCAACCCCCAUUUUCCUGGAGUGCCCCCAGAUUGGGGAAUUCCCGAAUCCUGCCUACUUCCCAACGGCUAUCCUGAUUAUCUUCGCCUGAUCUUGACAUCUCGCGUUUACGAUGUUAUCGAAGAAACUCCUCUCCACCAUGCCAUCAACUUGAGUAACCGACUGGAGAGCCGUGUUCUCCUUAAGCGUGAGGAUCUGUUGCCAGUCUUCAGUUUCAAACUCCGUGGUGCUUAUAACAAAAUGGCUCAUUUGAACGCCGAACAGCGGUGGAAGGGUGUGGUUGCGUGCUCAGCGGGAAACCACGCGCAGGGUGUCGCUUACUCUGCCCGGAAGCUUAAAAUUCCCGCGACCAUUGUGAUGCCCUCUGGAACCCCGGCUAUCAAGCACCGUAACGUUGCUCGUCUUGGUGGGAGCGUGGUUCUUCACGGAAAUGAUUUCGAUGCGGCCAAGGACGAGGCCCACCGGUUGGAGAAAGCGCACGGUCUGACCAAUAUCCCGCCAUUCGAUGAUCCAUACGUUAUUGCUGGUCAGGGUACCAUUGGAAUGGAGCUGCUGCGCCAGGCGAACUUGGACAAACUGGAGGCUGUCUUCUGUGGCGUUGGUGGCGGUGGCUUGAUUGCUGGUAUUGGUGUCUACUUGAAGCGCAUUGCACCACAUGUCAAGGUCAUUGGCGUUGAGGCGUAUGAUGCCAAUGCCAUGGCUCAGUCAUUGGAUGAUGGCACUCGUGUUUUCCUGAAGGAGGUUGGCCUUUUCGCUGACGGUGCCGCGGUGAAGUCCGUUGGCGAGGAAACAUUCCGUGUUAGCCGUGAUGUGAUUGACGAGAUUGUCCAGGUCUCCACCGAUGAGAUCUGUGCUGCCAUUAAGGAUGCGUUCGAGGACACUCGAUCCGUCGUCGAGCCUGCCGGUGCCCUUUCCCUUGCUGGUCUAAAGAAAUAUGUUGCCAACAACCCGAGCCCCGACGCCAACCGUGAACUGAUCGCUAUUACCUCUGGUGCCAACAUGGACUUUGAUCGUCUCCGCUUUGUGGCUGAGCGGGCUGCCCUUGGCGAGAAGAAGGAAGCUCUGCUGAGUGUCAAGAUCCCCGAGACACCCGGUGCUUUUGCCAAGCUCAUCGAGAUUAUCCUGCCCCAUGCCGUGACCGCCUUCAGUUACCGGUAUGCGCAGGAGAAUGUUGCUGAUGUUCUUAUGGGUAUUUCGCUAUCUGCUAUUACUGGGCAGGAUGACCUGGCGAAGAUUAUGGAGGAGUUGGAGAAAACAGGAAUGUCGGUUCAGGACCUCAGUGAUGAUGAGCUUGUGAAACGCCACGUUCGCUUCCUUGUCGGAGGCCGCUCCAACGUGGCGGACGAGCGUCUCUUUAUGUUCGAGUUCCCCGAGCGACCGGGUGCACUGGCCAAGUUUCUGACCACUCUCCGCCCCAACCAGAACAUCUCCCUCUUCCAUUACCGCAACUACGGCGGUGACGUUGGCAAGGUUCUGUGUGGUAUUCAGUGCCCUCCUACCGAAAAGGAUGAGCUCGAGUCGUUCCUUCGAGACCUGGGCUAUCCUUUCAGCGAGCACACCGAUUCCCCUACCUACCAGACCUUCCUUCGCUCAUAA